CUACUACACAUGGUAAUGAAGUCUGUGUCAACAGAUGACGUAAGAAAUGGAAGAAUUAUGGAACACCUAGCUGCAGAUCACCUUCGAUACUUGUACUUCCGCGUGGUCGGGAAGGGCAGAAACACAACCUUGACGGUAGAUGGAGCAGGAGUCAAUGCAACCGCCGUUCAAGCUGAUAUUGGAGCAACAAAUGGGAUCGUCCAUAUAAUCGACCGCGUUUUAGGCAUGCCAUUUCAGGCGAUUAAUGAGAAGUUGGCUGCUGAUCCUGAUUUAAAGGAAACAUAUGAAUUAAGUUUGAUGAAUAACUGGAACGAAAAGUUGAUGGAUAAGAAGAAAAGGUUUACAUUUUUCGUACCCAACGAACAGGCAUGGCAGCAAUUGAAAGAAGAACAUUUUACUGAGUACGAACGACUGCACAUGGAAAAGUACAGUGACCAGAUCAAUAAGAUAUUGGAUCGCCAUCUGGUGGUAGGAGAGGAGCUCCCCUCUCGGGAUUUAGAAACACGUAGAAACGUUGACACGGCAAACGGAGUAUUUACGAUCGAAAGAGGAUAUGGUUAUGGACAAUUAUCUCUCGAAUGGCAAAACAUUAGAGCUACGAUUGUUCGACCAGACGUUCAAGCAACCAAUGGCAUCAUUCACGUCAUCGACCGUAUUAUGGUAAAACCCGGAGAAAUUACGAUAACAGGGGGCACUACAACCUUGUCGGUUUCUGUGGCGACAGUUUUAGUGAGCUUGGCGCUUCUGUGUGGAAUGUAAGCUGUUCCAUUCUGGUCUCCCCCCUACCUCUCAGGUCAUUCGAUAUCGUCACUGGGAGCUCAUCAUAUAGAAUGGAUCUAGGUUGUUUGUCUGUUCUAUUUGGACGUUUGAUAGACUUAUUUGUGUGGCAUUGUCCAGAUUCAACCAAAGGAUCCCAAGUACCUAAAGAUGAUAUAACUAUGUAAAACGAAACUUACUGAUUUUGAUAUACUGCUCUGAAACGGGAAGAAAAAGGGGAUUUUAAUGACGUAGGUACUUCGUAACGAUUGGAGGACUGAAUUUAGUUGAACUAGAAUCUCAAUGACGUCAGCAGAUGCAGCUAGUUUGUGAUUCGAUUACGGAGUGAAGAUUUAAGAAAAAUGACGAGUCGAGCGAAAAAAUGAGUGUACGUCGGUUUAAAUGUAAUAUAAAUUUGUUGUAACCAGAUAAAUUGAUAUAAUAUUAAAUGGAAAUUCUAAAAAAAAAUCAAAAUUUACACGCUUCUUAGCACAUUUCGUAAUUCUUGGCAAGGGAAAUUAAAAAGCAUAGAAAGUUCAAGAAUAAAUUUGCUCACAAUAUGAAUAGAUAUAUGUAUAAAAUUUUUCUUAAGCCUUUAACAAAUUAAUUUUAACCCUAUUGUUGCAGUUUUAGGCCUAAGUUUUUUUUUCUCGACAAAGCAUCAGCUCUCACACACUACAUUAAGUGUUGAAAUGAUAUUGUUUGUGGUUGUACUAUUUGUUUUGUGUAGGCGCGAUCCUAUUGCUGAUUGUUUAGACUUUCAGUGAUAUCCCAGUAUAAGAUGUACAGUUCUAAUGUGGUGAUUUGCUAAAGUAACUACGGUUUUGACCAAUACUUUUAGGUAGAAUUUCAGGAAAAUGAAAAGACUUGUUCAAACAUAUACUUAGUUUUUUGUCUAACUGAACAACUGGCGGUGUGUAUGUGUAAGUUUGACACCAUUUUGUUUUAUGACUUUCAGAGUCUAAAUGGAAAUAGAGCUUUUAUUGUCGUGUGUAAUUAAUAUUUAAACGAGGAAAUUAUUGUUUGCAUUAUAUGCAAUCAAUAACGUUCUAUUUCAAUGCACGUACAAAAGAACUAUUCACGGUCAACAAUGAAUAUUAUUGACUGCUGCUUUAAACCCUAGAGUAAUGUCUUAUUUUUAACGAGGUUCAACACGUUGUUCGUGGUAGCGAUACAAGUAUUUAAAGAGCAUUUGCACCUCUGUUUCCAUUGUAGUAAUCCAAGUAACAUAUUGAUAACUAUAUCGUACCCAGGAUCUAUUAUAAAUGUUAUUUCCAGUACGUCGUAUUCGAUUAUGAGCUAUAUGUAACUCAAUAAUCUGCCCUUUUCGCUGAAACCAGCAUCGAGAAAGUCGGCAUAUUUACAAUAAAUGUUUCACACGAACAACGCGCUAGUCUACAAAAUGAGUAUGUUGCAUUCAGGAUUUAGUGUGAUACAUGGACAAAAAAAACCAUUUUGACUUAUGUUGAAUCUCUAUCCAUAUAUAUAUAUAAGUACUGUAGACGUAGAACUCUUGUGUCUAUAUUUUUGUGAAACCUUUUGUACUUCGCCGCACUGUAUACAAAGCUAGUAGAUGCCGUAAAAUAGGCUUCCUAGUGGUAUUUGCAGCGUUCUUGUGGCGUUCAGUCCGUAAUUGUGUGCAAACUUCAACUUUGAUUCCAGACUUGGCCUAAUAGGUAUUGUUACAAGAAAAUAUGGCUUGAAAUUCACGAAAUAUUCGUGUUUUCUGAAUUAGAUAAAACAAUGAAAACGAACAUAAUUUUCGUUUUCUGAAUUGUAGCGAGUGCGCAUGGUUAUGACCUAUUUCCGUUUAAUUAAAAAUCUCCUUUUGUUUGUUAUUUUUAUCUAAUUACUUCGAUUAUUUUGGAUGUGCCUUUUUAAUUGUUAGUUAAUUAGAAAUCAAAGCAUUCUAUAUAAAAAUAUUCUAUUAAGAGCACAUUAUAGGAAAGCUCAAAACCUCAUAAAAUGAAUGUUAAUUGGAAACUUAACAGAAAGUGAGAGUUAAGGGGAAGCUUAACAAUAAAGUAAGAGUUAAGGGGAAGCUUAACAAUAAAGUGGGAGUUCAUUGGAAACGUAACAAUAAAGUGGGAGUUCAUUGGAAACUUAACAAUAAAGUGAGAGUUCAUUGGAAACGUAACAAUAAAGUGAGAGUUCAUUGGAAACUUAACAAUAAAGUGAGAGUUCAUUGGAAACGUAACAAUAAAGUGAGAGUUAAGGGGAAGCUUAACAAUAAAGUGGGAGUUCAUUGGAAACGUAACAAUAAAGUGAGAGUUCAUUGGAAACUUAAUAAUAAAGUGUGAGUUCGUUGGAAACGUAACAAUAAAAUGGAAGUUCAUUGGAAACUUAACAAUAAAGUGGGAGUUCAUUGGAAACGUAACAAUAAAGUGAGAGUUCAUUGGAAACUUAACAAUAAAGUGAGAGUUCAUUGGAAACGUAACAAUAAAAUGGAAGUUAAUUGGAAACUUAAUAAUAAAGUGUGAGUUCAUUGGAAACGUAACAAUAAAAUGGAAGUUCAUUGGAAACUUAACAAUAAAAUGGGAGUUAAUUGGGUACUGAAUGAAGUUGCUGGGUUUAAUCGUGAAAUGUGAAAAUAAAAGUGCGAAGUGGGCGAAAUCACUAUUAUCUGAUGGCAGCUUGGUUAAAUGGUUAAGAACUCGUAAAGCAAAGGCUCCUUAAGAAAUAAGUAACAAAAAACCUAAAAAUAUUUUACCUCUAGAAAAGUCAUUUAAGUCUAUUUUAAUGAUUUUUUAAACAAUUUUCUUACGGCUAGACAAGGUUAGUUAUGGUGCCUGUGUUGUCCGUGUGGUGCAACUCUGGAUUUCAGAUUUGGCGAGCUGGGUUCGAAUCCGUGUGAUAUUACGACAUAUUCUUCUCUUUUUUAAGUUGUCAAUGCAUUAAAAGAGUGUCAGCCAACCCAUUAGCGUGGACGUAGGAUGCAGCUAACUGGCUGAUUUCCCUCUGGUUAGAGGCUCAAAAUUAGUGACGACAGCAAGACAUCCUUAAUAGCUUUGCCAUAAUCACAAAUGUUUCAAAUAUACUGGGAUCCAUUUUUAAACUACUUUCAGGGAUAUGACUUCAUGUUUCUAAAGCAGAAAAAGUGUAUCUUAUGAAGAGUAAAUAAUACAAAUGGAGUAUUAGGUUUCCUUUCAUUCUGUCAAACAACCAGUAUUGCUUUUCUCAUAGGUGAAAAAGUAUAAGAUAUUGCAACCACAAAACUAUUUCAUAAAGUAUUUAUUACCAACUGACUAAUUGUCUUCAUGAUAAAAUUUGUAUCAUUUCAUUCAAGGCUUCUUAGUGUAACGUAUUCUAAACAGACUACAUUUCUAAAUUCUUCUAUAUCAGUGUCUGUGUAGAAAUACAAGUAACAACGUUAAGACUUAAUGUUUGGAGGAUUUGCUUUCUCAUAAAAAUAGGAAGGAAAACUCGUGCGUAUUAGUUCGUGUACCUAUUAUUUUGUUUGGCUAUAUUAUCUGUUUUAAAUAUCUAUGAUGUAAUUGUUUCCAAAGAUCCGAGUCCCUAUAGUCAAUAUGUUUUUUAUUAUUAUUAUUUGUCAGGAUUUUGAAAAAGAAAACUGCCUAAAGAUUCUGAUAUUUGGACUUCUAAGAAGUUAUACUUGCUAAAGUAUAGCAUAAAGAAAACACAGGAGUAAGAAAUUUAAAAUUCCUUUGUUUUCUGUCUCAGGUUAAUUUACAGCAAGGGUAAUGAAUUUCUGUCAUUCAUUCGCAGAUUUUCUAAUUAAUAUUAUGAAAAGGUUUUUUUGUUGUUGUUAAGUACAAUAAACAAUAGAGGCCCGUAUCUUUGGACAUGUAAGGAUUCUAUUUAUAUAUUUGGAUUGUAUCUUAGUUCUUUAAUAAAGACAAACUUUGUGUAUCUA